UGUGGAGUCGCCGGUGUUCAUUAAGGAUCGUCAGACGGACUCUCAAGUUUCUUCCCUUUCCCAGCCAGCUACUGACAGCAAUCACAGCAGUUCGCUGCGGUCACCCAACAAACACAGCAGCUUGCUUUAACCACGACCCAAGGUCCGUCUUCACCUCAGGAAGAAGUCUGUCACUCUGUUUUGCCACGAACCCGAGUUCCCAAGAAAAACCGCCCUCGAUACUCGCUUAAACGACAAGGUCGGGCCAAAACGAAACGGCGAUCACCUACAGCAAAGAUGAAACAAUACGUCUGGAAGCCUUUCAAGGAGCCUGAACCCAAGACUGAGAAACCGAAGCCAAAGCAAAAGCAAAAGCCUGCGCCAAAAUCGUUAUCAACUUCAACAGCGAAAACCUACAAGUUGAAAAUCACUAGGAUGUUGGCCUACCAGCACCCGACGACCUCUCUGCACAUCGGCACUCUAUCCGCCAAUAUCGAGCAAGCUCUUCCCAGCCAAAACAGUCUCCAACACGAGGUGAAGUCUGUCCUCUUGGAUGCUGCAAGUGAGGCGGCUCGCAUCAAGCGCAAGGCCCAGAUGUUGAUUGGGAAGUACUUGGAAUGCCUGGUCGAAAAAGGACUUGAAAGACUGGAUGCUCAGGAUCGGACCUUUCUCGAUCUGAUAUGUCCGCGAGUCACCAUGAAGGAUGUCAAGAACAACGCCGAUGAUGCCGUGGAGGAAGACGAGGAUGGGGAUUAGAUUGCUGGCAUUGUGGACGAAGACGAGGAGGAUGAGGGCAAUGUUGAGGAGGAUGACACCGAUAUGGGAGGAUCAGGCGGGAGUGACCAAGCGCAGCGGCAUUUCCUUUCAAGCUUACUUGUUUAUCUGUACUCUGGCAACAUCCCAACAAAACAGGAGGUCGUCAAGUUCAUCAAGCGUCUUGAAGAACUUCAUCUGUACAAUCCGCCGCGGACUCGGGUUGAGAUCAACGAAAGAAUGCCGUUCACACCCACGGACCUAGUGCGAUCCGUAGUCGGACAGCUUAAAGCUGAGCUUAAACGAAUGUACAAGA